GCACUUCCGGCCGGUGGCGGCGCCUCCGGAUCCGCAGUUCCUGAAGUGCUAUGGGUGAGACACCAUCGUGUCCCUGCUGAGAAGCCCCCUGAGCUCGUGCCAAAUCUUCAGUAACCUGAAACCUGGACAGUGUUUGAGGAAGCUCUGCUGCCUUCUAUGUGGAGAAUGUCAAAGAUUCUGCCACCUUGAGGAAUCAGGCCAAAGCUGCACCUCCCCUGCAGAGGGCUGGCAGCCAACUGCAUUCCUAGGAGCUGAGACCUGAGUGUGCUGGAGCCUGGACACCAAGGGGAAGCUGAGGCAAGAGACUGCUGCAGGUUGUGGGCAGAGCCAAGGAGGGACUGGGCUUGUGCCUGGGAUCCCCCAGUCUGGUGGGCAGAGAGAAGAGGGAGAGACGAGGCACAGAGUAGAGUGGAGGCAGGGAAGGAAAGGCAGCAGCCCAGGCCAGGCUGCCCUCCCCAUGGCCUCCAAGCAGGCUGCCAUGAAGGGCCGGGGGGAAAAGCGCAAGCGGGUGGUGCUGACGCUGAAGGAGAAGAUCGACAUCUGCACGAGGCUGGAGCGUGGUGAGAACAGGAAGGCACUGAUGCAGGAGUACAACGUGGGCAUGUCCACCUUGUAUGACAUCAAGGCCCACAAGGCCCAGCUGCUCAGGUUCUUUGCCAACUCUGACUCCAACCAGGCGCUGGAGCAGAGGCGCACCCUACACACGCCCAAGCUGGAGCACCUGGACCGGGUGCUGUAUGAGUGGUUCUUGGUGAAGCGUGCUGAGGGCGUGCCUGUGUCGGGCCCCAUGCUCAUUGAGAAGGCCAAGGACUUCUAUGAGCAGAUGCGGCUGACUGAGCCCUGUGUGUUCUCUGGAGGGUGGCUUUGGCGCUUUAAGGCCAGGCAUGGUAUUAAAAAGUUGGAGGCGUCCAGUGAGAAGCAGGUGGCUGACCACCAAGCAGCUGAGCAGUUCUGUGACUUCUUCAGGAGCUUGACGGCUGAGCACGGGCUAUCGCCCGAGCAGGUUUACAAUGCCAACGAGACAGGCCUUUUCUGGCGGUGCUUACCAAAUACCAGCCCAGAGGGUGGGACAGUGCCCAGCCUCAAGCAGGGCAAGGACAGGCUGACCGUUCUGAUGUGUGCCAAUGCCACAGGCUCCCACAGAAUCAAGCCCUUGGCUAUUGGGAAGGGCGGUGGCCCUAGGGCUUUCAGAGGCAUCCAGCACCUACCUGUUGCUUACAAGGCCCAGGGUAACGCCUGGGUGGACAAGGAGAUUUUCUCAGACUGGUUCCAUCACAUCUUUGUCCCCUCGGUGAGAGAGCACUUCAGGACAAUAGGUUUGCCUGAAGAUAGCAAGGCCAUUCUCCUGCUGGACAACUCCCGGGCCCAUCCGCAGGAGUCCGAGUUGGUGUCUGAUAACAUCUUCACCAUCUUCCUGCCUGCCAGUGUAACCUCCUUACUCCAGCCCAUGGAGCAGGGCAUUCGAAGGGACUUCAUGAGGCACUUUAUUAACCCUCCCGUCACUCUGCAGGGCUUCCACACCCGCUACAGCAUGAAUGACACCAUCUUCAAUGUGGCCUGUGCCUGGAAUGCCGUGCCCAGCCAGGUUUUCAGGCGGGCCUGGAGGAAGCUGUGGCCUGCAGUUAUGUUCACCACAGGCUCUUCUGAGGAGGAGGAGGAGGCAGAACAGCGCAGCACCAAGCCUCACAAUAAGGCUUUCGCCCACAUCCUUGAGCUUGUGAAGGAAGGCCCCUCCUGCCCAGGCAGCAGGCUUCAGAACAGCGGGGCUGAAGAGUGGGGUACAGCCAGGAAGGAGGCGGACGAGGCGCAUACCGUGGUGCUGCCAGCUGAGGCUGUAGAGAACACAGAAAAGGCAGAGAAAGAUGCUGGCGAGGACCCCGAGGUGGCCUGGGAGCAGGUGGCCUCAUCCUUUGAGGUGGUCAUGCGCUUUGCGGAGCAGCAGCCGUGCUUCACCACACAGGAGCUGGGGCAGCUGCGGGGGCUGCACUCAGUGUUCAGGAGACAGUGGCAGCUGAGGGGGCGGCAUGUUGCUAUCAGGGCUGUGGUCAAACUUGAGGCCCUCCAGGAGCACCCUAGUGGGUGCACAGCCCCAGCCCACUCUCCCUUGCCCUGCUCAUCCACAGCAGUGACAACUGAAGGCUGUCUGCACCCACCUGGCCACUGGCGCCUGCAGCUCUUAGCGUAUGCAGUUGUGGCGCGCAAAUUGCUGGCUGGGCAGGACAGGCCAUCAGCGUAGACACUCGAGAGGCCCCAAGAGUGUGGUGCGCACCAGUGUUUUGUGAAAGGGCCCAGCCCUGUGUGCUUUUCCUGUGUCACCUGCCACAUCCUCUGAAUGGGAGGAGACCUGGAAGGGUCCCCCCUCCUACCCCUUCUGCACACUGAGCCUCCCCCAGCUAUGGCUGGGGCCGGCCAAGCUGAUUAUGCUGCUGGUGUUGACUGGCAGAGGUGUGCUGUGUUGGAUAGAGGCAUGUCUGUCCACGAGAAGAGAGGCCUGUGGGACACUUCCUGGCCUCCAGAGGCUCUGGAGGCUGGGCAGACUCCAAGCCUGGUUCCUGGAGGCAAUUGCUAGGAGCUGCUGCUCACUUCCUGGUGGUCACGUCCCCUGCUGGUGGCUGUGUAAGCAGCACAGUGCCCUGUUGUCAUGGGCCUGCUUUAGCCACAGUCAUUUUCAGCAGUGUCCCUGUGGCCAGCAGGCCCCACCCUUGGUCCAGGCCAGGGGUGUGUGCAGUAGACAGUGUGGGGUGGCUUCCUGCAAAGAGCUGGAGCCCUCAAACCAGCUCCUCUCGUUGCCCCCGGGGACUGCGAGUGAUGCAGGCUGUUGUCAGUGUUGCUUGGAGGCCAGCAUACAAUGCAGUCGUCAGGCACCCCAGAAUUCCCCGGUCACACCUUUUACAGAAACUGGUCUUGAGCAGGCGUUGAGAAGUCAUGGAAAACAGUGGGUCUCCAGCAGUGUUGACAGGUCAGAGAUGCUCACAGGGAAGGUGUGUUGUGCUGGUUGGCUUUACAGAAGCUUGCUCUAGUAGGAUGUGGUUAUUUUCCCCAACCUCAGCUGAUUCAUAGCUUCUCAUUUUCACAGCGCCGUGGCUGCCUGAGGCCCUUUGUCCACAGAGAUCCUCUGCUCUUGAGUGAACAUGAAAUAGGUGUAUUUUUCUACAUCCUCCACAGCUUUGCCCUUGAACAUCAUUUCUGUCUUUGAUUCACAUCGUGGUGCCUGAAUCAGCACCUAGCUUUCAUUCUGGUGUUUGCCAACUACUCCAUCAGGAGAACCUUGCUCCCAGGAUCCCGUGCGAGCCGUGGGAACUUGUGGGGGAGUGUUUGGCUUGUAUUUUUACAUCUGUCCGAACACAGAGUACUAUUGCCAUCAUAGCACCCAGUUGUAGGGAUGUUCUCACUUUAAAUGCAUGUGUGGAGACUAUAAAAAACUGAUAGUUUUCAAAGACUUUGUUGAUUCUUUGGACCCCUUUGGUCUGGUGUCACAUUGCUGUCACGCUUCCUUCCUGUGUCCGUGUGCUUUGUACUGAUUCUGGUCAUGAUGGAGACUGUUGACUUGUAGUGGCUUCAGGUUGGGAAUCACUGUCUUGCUGGCACCAUUGGAUGACAGACAUGGAGAGGAUUUUUCCCAUCUGGGAGGAUGGAGUGGGGCAGGUGGAGUUCCCGACCACCCAUGCAAAAGGUUUGUGCCCAUCAGACUGCAUCCCAGGACCAGUACUCGCUGACUCUUACAACUAGCUCCUGUCCCCAUUAUGUUGCUGGGUGAUGUUUGGCCUCAGGGCACUCUGCCUUCUGGAACCAGCUGCAGCUUGCAGCCCUUAGGCCUGACACCACCCAGGGAGGGUUCUUUGAGGAACCAGAUGCAGGCCCUGCUCUCUGCCUUUCUCUCUUCCAGAACCAUUGGCAGCUUCCUAGGAGAUGUGUAGGGUGCAGAGUGGGUGAGGGAACGUCAGGUGUACAUGGUCUAUGGGGGCCCAGGGUCCCUGCUCGUCUCCAGUCAGCAGCCCUGGUGCUAGGUGAGCAUUCCUGCCUCCCUGCCUCAUCUCGGCCUCCUUGCAGGGCCUGCCACUACUGCCUCAACAUGCUUGCAAGUUCUUGCAGCCCAGUGUGUUUGCCUCAAAAAUAUUUUCUCAGAUAGUCCAAGGUAGACCCACUGCAGACAUUGAAACAGCUGGGGGACCACAUCUCCCCUUCUAUUUCCCUGUAGCUGCUGAGGCCCUCAGGAAGCCCCUGAGCUCUCCAGAGCAGUUUGAUCUCUGUCCUACUUAAGUGCCUGUCCCCUUUUUCUUUUUCUUUUUUUUGUGGAAACAGGGUCUUAGUAUAUAGCCCAGGCUGACUUCAAACUCAUAAUCUUCCUAAUUCUACCUCCUGAGUGCACCACCAUGCCCAGCUACUUACUCUUUUUUACCUGUGAGCCAGCUGAGUCCACACUGUCUUCUCACUGCAGACAAGGCACAGCACAGCCCUGCUGGCUGGUGAGUCCUUCCGUCUCAUGGUUUCCCUGACUCAGCUCCCUUCCCACUAACAGCCUUUUCUCCCCCAUGUUCACCUCCCCUUCCCUUAGGCAUUACUUAGGCACUUGUCAGGGAUCCACCAUGCUGCCUGUCAAGACCCUGCAGGCUACUUCCUAGGAGUGCUAACCCCAGUUCCUGAGGGUUAGGGUGAUGGCAGGCCCCACGUCUUCAGCAGUGCCAAGGCAGGAUCAGCCCCUUUGCUCCCUUCUGGUGGAUCUGAGGAGUUAGCACCCACAUUUGUGCUGUGUCCAUUGUUGCAGCUAUGCAGGGCAUGAAGCUGAGCUGUAAUUCAAGAGAGGAGGUGUGGGAGUCUGAUGGGGAAGUCAGGGCUUCCCAGUGCAGCUUCCCUGACUCUGGACAGGCAGCUCUGCUCUGGGCGGGGGUGGGGGUCCCAUGCCUGGGCGUAGUGGUUGAAGGCUAGACUCACAAGACUGUGGGUGGAAGCUUGGAACCCACUCACAUGCUGGACAGGUAGGUGGUAUAAGGCUCUCUGACCUUGAAGUUGGUGCUUGAGAGCUGGUCUGCACUCGCUGGACUACCUGGCCCUCUGCAGGUGGCUAGGGAAGAUCAUCCCGGCUGGCAUCUGGCUGGAGAAGAUUGAUCCUAGCCCAAGAGGGCCUGGAGUGGACAGUUCCCCUCAUCAGUAAUGCCUGAGUGCAGGAUCAGACCCACCCCGUUGUCAUAUUUCCACAGAAGCUCCCUUCCCAGGCAGCCAGCCAGCCUUUGUCCAUGACAGACUGUGUAAGAAGACAGGAGGCUACAACCCUGUGAGUGCAGAACGGGUAGGUGGGCAGGAGGGAGGCCUUGAUAGGUGAGUGGAUUGGCGAGCAGGUGGGUUAGUGAGUGUGCGGAUGAAUGGAAAAGAAGGGAAGGAAGAUGCAGUGCCUGGCAUGACCUCUCCUGGUCAGUCUUACUCAGGUUGAAGGUCAGAGUGCUUUGAAGGCAGCUCAGAGCCAUGGUAACCGCCAUGCUUGAGGUAGGAGAUGUAAGAAAAGGACAAAGGGCUUCCAUUCCUGGAAGGCUGUGGAAAACCAGGACUCCUGAGGGAUCCACUGGCACCUGGAAGGAGACACCCACAGGCACCACACCCGCCAUUCUUGGCAUGAGUGGGCUUAUGUGGGGGUAGAGUGGAGGUCAUAGUGUGGAUAGCUGUAGGGUGGGGUCAGUCCUCUGGACUGGCUCAGUGUGGCAGCCGUGAAUGGUAGGCAGAGGCUGGGUGGCAAGGCCUGGGUAGAACUUGCAUGAUUCUCUGCUUGCUCAGCCAGCGCCCCCUGGACUCAAGUACUCUGCCCAUCAAGGGUCAGGUUCUCUGAGCUAUCUUGGGCCCAGUUACCUGCUAAGGGAAGAGGAGGCUGGACCUGUGAGGCUUUGCUCCUCCUUAGCUCCUAUAGACAACAGGCCUGCCUGUCACGAUGGCUGUCAGCUUCCCAGAUAAGGUCUGCCACCCCCACAACUUCUUUGCUCUCACUCCCCAGGUGUAGUCUUAGUUUCGCACUUCCUCUUCCACACCUGGACCUUCAGGCCCUGUACAUUUCUUGUCCACUUUGCAGGAAAGUACUGUAACUUGAAGUGAAGAGAUAAUCCCACGUAGAGGUGAGGCUGGCCCAGGGAGGAGCAGGUGUAGCAGGACCAGGGCCACCUCCUCCCAGCACCAAUCCUUCCCUGUCUUGACCUCGAGCAGGGCCCUAGAUUGUGAAAUGGAAAAUGUACAGACACCCCUUCACCUGCUUUUUGAGGCCCCACUGUGAGACCACAAAGCCUUGUUUCAGUUCUGUGGUCGACCCGAGUCCCUGAAUCUGCCCCUAGCUGGGAUCUGGCCUCAAAGGCAGCUCGGCAGCCUGCAUGCUGAGGUCUCAGCACCCAGAGCCAGGUCCUGGGAGGCCUGCUAGCAGUGACUGGGCUUUUCCUGGGAGAGCCUGUCAGUAUGUCCUCCAUACCAGACUAGCCAGAAAUAGGUUACAAGGUUCCUGAGGCCUUCCAUGUCUGCUCAGACAGUCCCAAGCAGGCCAGGAUUGCUGGGCCUGUUUAUCAGCCAGGGAAACUGAGGCCCAGAGUGGGAGUGCUUUCCCCAAUACCAUGCAUAGCAUGACCUGCUUUGGGCCGGGAGUCCUUCCCUGAUCCCACCAGUAUCACCCAAGCCCCUUGGGGCCUGCCUCAGUUUCCCUAUUUCAGACACUUGUGGAAGGAAAGCCUGAACCCUGGAGUAGCUGUGAGGCUCAUCAGAGAAGCUUCUGGGCCAAACAGACCUGGCACCCAGGCUAACUUCCCCUGCCAUUGCAGCUUGGCGCCCCGUGAAUUCUGAAGAGAUGUAAAGUGCUGGACUUGAGUUCCUCACCCCUUUUCUUCCUGGGAGAGGGAGGGACAUGGUCACAUCACACACACACGCGCGUGCACACAGUACUGGUCCCCAUGAAGCAGAAAAGCUGUUGCUUCAGGAGGCUGGCCAUGGGAUGUGGACAUGGGGCCUGUGGCCACUGUCUUCAUGACAAGUUCACAACUUACUGGGAGGCAGGCUUUAACGGGAAAAUAACCACCAUGGGACUCGCUUCUCUUAAGCAAACAGAUAGCUCCAUGCUAGAGACUGACUGCUCCCUCAGCACCACCCUGAGCCAUCGCUAGAGCAGUAAGUCCCCUCCAAGAUGUAAAUGCCCUGGCAGUUACAGAUCUCUUUGCAAGAUAGUGCCCAAAGGGGCGCCUCUGAGCUGGGUUUGCCUGGUGCAGGGGAUCUACACCCAAUGUGACUUCUCAAAAUCCUCUACUUAAGACCUUAUGAACAUUGGUCAUAUCUCAUACAUGAAGUUAAACACCUGGAAAUCAGCAUGAGCACAUGCACGGAGUACCUGUUGUCAUGUGACAAGGCUGUGCUAAUUAUACCUGCCAGUCACCCUAGCCCCUCCAUAAGGACUGCCCAGACUUUUCCUGCCUUACAACUUAAAAACUGGUCUUUAAACAAAGAGAUCAAUGCUUUCAGGCCACCUGGCAGGAGCCCACUGUGCUUCCUCUUACUUUUUCAAUAAAGUU